UGAAGGGUGCGCUGACGAUUAAAGAUGGCUGCUCCCAUGCCUUACUGCUAGCCGUCGUUGACCUUCUUUUCCCUCCUUGUCACCUGUCCCCUGGGGUGGCAGGCUGAGCACAAGGACCAUGCUGGGCCGGACCCUUCGAGAAGUUUCUGCAGCUCUGAAGCAAGGCCAGAUUACACCAACAGAGCUCUGUCAAAAAUGCCUCUCUCUUAUCAAGAAGACCAAGUUUCUCAAUGCCUAUAUUACUGUCUCAGAAGAUGAGGCCUUAAAACAAGCUGAAGAAUCAGAGCGAAGAUAUAAGAAUGGUCAGUCACUUGGGGAUUUAGAUGGAAUUCCUAUUGCAAUAAAAGACAACUUUAGCACAUUGGGCAUUGAAACAACGUGUGCAUCAAAUAUGCUGAAAGGUUAUGUACCACCUUAUAAUGCCACAGUAGUUGAGAAGUUAUUGGAUCAGGGAGCUCUACUAAUGGGAAAAACUAAUUUAGAUGAGUUUGCUAUGGGAUCUGGAAGCACAGAUGGUGUAUUUGGACCAGUUAAAAACCCCUGGAGUUAUUCAAAACAAUAUAGAGAAAAGAGGAAGCAGAAACCCCGUGGUGAGAAUGCAGAUUCUGAUUGGCUAAUAACGGGAGGAAGCUCAGGCGGGAGUGCGGCUGCAGUGUCGGCAUUCACAUGCUUUGCGGCUUUAGGAUCAGAUACGGGAGGAUCAACCAGAAAUCCAGCUGCCCACUGUGGGCUUGUUGGUUUCAAACCCAGCUAUGGCUUAGUUUCUCGUCAUGGUCUCAUUCCCCUGGUGAACUCGAUGGAUGUGCCAGGAAUCUUAACCAGAUGUGUGGAUGAUGCAGCAGUUUUGUUGGGUGUGCUGGCUGGACAUGACCCCAAAGAUUCCACCACGGUACAAGAUCCUGGAAAGCCAUUCCUACUUCCCAGUUUGACAGAUGUGAGCAAACUGUGUAUAGGAAUUCCAAAGGAAUAUCUUGUACCAGAAUUAUCAAGUGAAGUACGAUCUCUUUGGUCUAAAGCUGCUGACCUCUUUGAAACUCAGGGGGCCAAAGUAAUUGAAGUAUCCCUUCCUCACACCAUUUAUUCAAUUGUUUGCUACCACGUAUUGUGCACGUCGGAAGUGGCAUCGAAUAUGGCAAGAUUUGAUGGGCUAGAAUAUGGUCACAGGUGUAACAUUGAUGUGUCCACUGAAGCCAUGUAUGCUGCCACCAGGCGAGAAGGGUUCAAUGAUGUGGUGAGAGGACGAAUUCUCUCAGGAAACUUUUUCUUAUUAAAAGAAAACUAUGAGAAUUAUUUUGUCAAAGCACAGAAAGUGAGACGCCUCAUUGCUAAUGAUUUUGUGAAUGUUUUUAACUCUGGAGUCGAUGUCUUGCUAACUCCCACCACCUUGAGUGAGGCAGUACCAUACUUAGAGUUCAUCAAAGAAGACAACAGGACUCGAAGCGCCCAGGAUGAUAUUUUUACACAGGCUGCAAAUAUGGCAGGGUUGCCAGCAGUGAGUGUCCCUGUGGCACUUUCAAACCAAGGGUUACCAGUAGGACUGCAAUUUAUUGGACGUGCAUUUUGUGACCAGCAACUUCUUACAGUGGCCAAAUGGUUGGAAAGACAAGUACAGUUUCCUGCUAUUCAACUUCAAGAACUCGUGGAUAAUUUUUCAUCAAUCCUUGAAAGUGAAAAGUUAGCUUCUAUUUCUCUAAAACAGUAAAGAUA